GCAAAGCUGCACACAGCGGAGAGACGAAUGAGGUGAAAGGAUAGCAGAGGUGACAGCUCUUAGACUGUUGGCAGCAUGUGACUAACUCUCACCGACAAAGUCUGUGUGGCAGGAACAGUGGGAGGACAAGACAAUCACCGCAGAGGAAAAAUAAAAAAAACAACAAGAGGAGAACAGAGUCAAGCCAGCAGAGGACUGCAGCCGAAACUAAACCAUUGCCACCAAGGAACGUAAGGGACAGUUAUCAAAAAGGUAAACUUUGCAACAGUAAAUCCAAAGAAGGGAAAGGCGGAAGGUGAACCAUGUGAAAACAUCUCUGCCAGGUCUCCCAACAGCUUGCAGCAGUGUCAGCAGAGCAGUUUUGUUAAGCCAUUUUUAGGGCCUACUCUCAGAAAGAGCAAUGCCUCUGUUCAGCUGGAUGAAGUGGUUGCAUCAAACGAAAGCGCAGACUGAAGAAUCUCUGAACAGAACAGAGGUCGUGCCCAGUCAUAUGCUGCUCGCAGAGCUCCUUUGGCACAUAGAGGAGCGAGAACGUCUGGCCAGACAACUGGAGCGAGAGAACAGGCUGGCCCACAGUGCCCUGGGUCUCCGCUGGUUUCAGAAACACCCAAGGCUACAAACACUACUCUCGUCGUCAGAGCUACACCAGCUAGAGUUCCUCUGUUCUCAGGUUCCCCAGAUCCACACAGCAACAGUCAUCUCCAGGUUUCGUGAAGUUCUUGGUACCAACGACGUACGGCCCUGGGAGCUGGCGUCUGUCUUCAAGCACAUUCUGAUAGACUUCCUCAACCAAAGAGAAUAUAGUGAAGAAGACAGCCUGUCAAUGGCGGUUUGGAGAAGCCAGUGCGAGCGGCAGUGCUUUGUCACUCCCAUUACACCCCAGUGGGGAGGUCAACAGAGGGAAGAGAUCCCAACAGUUUCUGGAUAUGUGGAUCGAGCCAUGAGGCACUCAACUUCAUUCACGCCCAGCGGGGUCUGGGAUCUUCCGUAUUACUACCCCGGGCCUCGACGACCCAAAGGAGAGAGCACAACACUGUGAGGGGACACACCUCUUCACAGCUUUGACUGCUACAUAAGUAAACUGUGGCAUGGAGACAGAGUUCCAUUUAUAGCAUUACUUAACAAAAUGUGAAAACAUCCUAUAAAAUACUGAGGAUGAA